ACCCGGGAGAACGUUUUUUUGUGCUACAGAAGCAUUGCAGACAGGACGUUUGGGAGGUGUAGUGGAAGAAAGGCAAGAGAAACGGAGUAAAUGAAAGCACUUUUGUCCAGAUUAUUGAAGGACUCAUCAACUAAAUAAAUCGCCGAAACAGCUUACUAUAAUGAAACGGACACACUGUUGACUUCCUGUCCAGGUAGCCAGCAGGUGUUGAGACAUCCUUCAGCGCCCGGAUCUCGGUCUCCAGUCUCCAGAGCGGAGGAGACUUUGCUGCUGUCUGAGGAGGAGGAGGAGGAGGAGGAGAGGGAGGGGGCGAGCGAGCGAGGCCGCGUCCAGAGCCCUGGAUCCACCGCCCUGCCCGCCAUCAUGGCCGACGCGGUGAUCGUCAAGGAGGGAUGGCUGCAUAAACGAGGAGAGUACAUUAAGACCUGGAGGCCGAGGUAUUUUCUCCUCAAGAGCGACGGUACAUUCAUCGGCUACAAAGAGCGACCGCAGGAUGUGGACCAGCUGGAGACCCCCUUAAAUAACUUCUCUGUCGCACAGUGCCAGCUGAUGAAGACAGAGAGACCCAAGCCCAACACAUUCAUCAUCCGCUGCCUGCAGUGGACCACUGUCAUCGAGCGCACCUUCCACGUGGAGACCCCCGAGGAGCGGGAGGAGUGGACCAAAGCCAUCCAGACGGUGGCCGUGGGCCUGCAGAAACAAGAGGAGGAGAUGAUGGACUCCUCCCCCGACCCCAUGGACAUGGAGGCCUACCUGACCAAACCCAGACAGAAAGUGACGAUGCACGACUUUGAAUACCUCAAACUCCUGGGAAAAGGUACCUUCGGCAAAGUCAUCCUGGUGAAGGAGAAGGCCACGGGACGCUACUACGCCAUGAAGAUCCUGAAGAAGGAGGUGAUCGUGGCCAAGGAUGAAGUUGCUCACACACUAACGGAGAACCGAGUGCUCCAGAAUUCCAAGCAUCCGUUCUUGACGGGCCUGAAGUACUCGUUCCAGACCCAUGACCGGCUGUGCUUUGUGAUGGAGUAUGCCAACGGCGGCGAGCUGUUCUUCCACCUAUCCAGGGACCGUGUGUUCUCAGAGGAGCGGGCACGGUUCUACGGCGCCGAGAUAGUGUCCGCCCUGGACUACCUGCACGCCGAGAGGAACGUGGUCUAUCGGGACCUGAAGCUGGAAAAUCUCAUGCUGGACAAAGACGGACACAUCAAGAUCACAGACUUCGGUCUGUGUAAGGAAGGCAUCAUCGAUGGCGCCACCAUGAAGACCUUCUGCGGAACACCCGAGUACCUGGCCCCCGAGGUGCUGGAGGACAACGACUACGGCCGGGCGGUGGACUGGUGGGGCCUGGGCGUGGUCAUGUACGAGAUGAUGUGCGGCCGGCUGCCCUUCUACAACCAGGACCACGAGAAGCUGUUUGAGCUCAUCCUCAUGGAGGACAUCCGCUUCCCCCGCACGCUGGGGCCCGAGAGCCGCUCCCUGCUCUCCGGCCUGCUGAAGAAGGACCCCAAGCAGAGGUUAGGCGGAGGGCACGACGACGCCAAGGAGAUCAUGCAGCACAAGUUCUUUGCUGGCAUCGAGUGGCAAGACGUCUACGAGAAGAAGCUGGUGCCGCCCUUUAAGCCCCAGGUGACCUCGGAGACGGACACCCGCUACUUUGACGAGGAGUUCACCGCACAGACCAUCACCAUCACACCGCCCGGGCAAGAUGACUGUAUGGAGUCCUUCGACAGCGAGCGGAGACCCCAUUUCCCCCAGUUCUCGUACUCGGCCAGCGGGACAGCCUGAUCCACUCUGAAUACACUCCUCUGGUCCUCCACCAACUCCCCACCACCCCCCCACCCGCAGCCC